AUGUUACCGAAAGGCGAUAAAAUAACUGUUGCCUCAUCUCAUCAUCAUCAACUUCUUGUUGAUGGUGAUGCACUUGAUCCAAAUUCAAAAUCGACACAUUCCAUUGAUGCAAUAUUAGGAAUUAAAAAUGGUGAUCAAACAUUAUUCAAUCCUAAUAAUCAACAUUAUAAUAUACAAAACAAUCAGGGAAUAAAAAGGCGAAAUCCUCAUGAUGAGUACGAUGACGAUCUUAAAGCUCGACGUAGGAGUGAAAAUGAUAGUAAAGAUGAUUCAAAAAGUUCCGAUGAUGAAAGACAAAAGAAAAAACAUCGACGAAAUCGAACAACAUUUACAACAUUUCAACUUCACGAACUGGAACGAGCAUUUGAAAAAUCUCACUAUCCGGAUGUUUACAGUAGAGAAGAAUUAGCAAUGAAAAUUAGUUUACCUGAAGUGCGAGUUCAGGUUUGGUUUCAAAAUCGUCGUGCUAAAUGGCGUCGUCAAGAAAAAGCUGAGCAAAAUCAAUUGAAAAUUAAUCCCGAUUUUCCCUUAGCCAGUUUGCGAGCAUCAACAAGUACAAAUAUUGUAAAUACUACCUUGCCAAUAGAUCCAUGGAUGACUGCAGCCACAUUUAACACUGGCGGUCCACCAUCUCUACAUACAUUACCAAGUUUUAUGAAUUCCACAUAUUUUCCGGUAAAUAAUAAUUCAAAUUGUUAUUCAAACAAUAAUAACGAUAAUUGUACAUCAAUGCAAACGCCAUCUUUACAGCAACAAAGAUCGAUUUCACCAUUAUAUACAAAUAAUAAUAAUAAUAAUAAUGGGAAUGGUUAUCGAAAUUCUAGUUCAUCAUCAAAUUCACCACUAGAUGAAAAUGGAACAGAUUCUAUUGCACAUUUGAGAAUAAAAGCACAUGAAUAUAUGAAUUUAAUUAUUGGCAAAAAUUGGCAAAGAGUCUAA